UAAACAUGAUGAAUGAAUUAAUUGAUAAACAUAUAUAAUCUUUUUUAGCAAAGUUAAAUUCCAAGUUAGGUUUCACUCAUCGCAGUUUCUCACAUCCAGAGCCUUACUUGGGAUGGAAUACGGCCUCUCGUGCUCCAGAUAGUCUGAUGUGGUGAUGUUCAGAAACAUGAAGAAUUAAGAAUUAGCUACAGCCAACAUUAACUAAUUUGGUAAAUAUUAAGCUAUACCUUCAGUAUGUUACGGGCAUUUAGUCGCAGUUGUCACCGCGCAUUAUUGUGUGGGACACACCGAUAUGGCACUCCAAGUGUGGGGGCAGGAAGACAGCUCCAUGGUGAGGUGCAAAGGCAUAGAAGCCUUGUACAGAUUAAGGGGACAGAGGCAGGUGAAUUCCUCCAAGGUCUCAUCACAAAUGACAUAAAUCAUCUCCAAGAGGGAGCCACAAGUAUGUAUGCUAUGCUGCUAAAUACUCAGGGAAGAGUACUCUUUGAUACCAUAGUGUACCGAAAAGAUCAGAAAAAUUUCCUCGUUGAAUGUGAUGCAGAUAAAGUAACCCAGUUAGUACGACACUUGAGAAUGUACAGAGUGCGAAGGAAAAUUGAAAUUGAUUCCAUUGAUAAUGACUAUCAUGUUUGGUGUAUAUUUAAUCCAAACUUAGAUUUUAAGGACAUUACUCAAGUGGACAUGGAAUCACUGUACUUAAAUCCUAGAGCAGAAUCUGAAGCUCUGCUGGAGUUGAAAGAUAAAGUAGAUGUCAUAGUAACAAGAGAUCCAAGAAUGAAAUAUCUGGGUCAUAGAUUGAUCAUCCCAUGUAAUAGAACUAUUAAGGAUAUUGUUCCUGACAUUUUCUAUAGCGAGGCAAAAUUCAAAACUCUUCGUUACAGAUUAGGAGUGGGUGAAGGUAUGACAGAACUUCCAUCUACCAAAUGUCUUCCUUUGGAAGCCAACUGUGACUAUCUUCAUGGUGUUAGUUUCCACAAAGGUUGUUAUAUAGGACAAGAGCUAACUGCUAGAACCUUUCACACAGGUUUAGUGCGGAAAAGAUAUAUGCCUCUAAUAUUCUCAGGAGAUAGUACUGAUGUGCCUUUUGAUGCAAGUGUUGUGAAUGAUAAGGGAAAAUCUGUUGGUAAAGUACGAGGUUGUGCAGGUCAAUAUGGCAUUGGGCUUUUAAGAAUUAACGAGUGUUUGGCUGCUAAGUCAUUAAUGGUUAAUGAUGUUCAAGUUCAGACAUUUAGGCCAGCUUGGUGGCCAUUUGAAGCCUCCAAAGAAAAGAUGAGCUAAAUCCUCAAGUGACUGUAUAACCAAAAUAUAUUAAGGUUGCUAUAUAGGAUGGCUAAAACUUUUCACAUGGGUGUAUAGCAUAAAGUUAUUUGUCUCUAAUAUUCUCAGGUAAUAUUAGGGUCUUUAUCACAUGAGUAUUGUUGUAGUCAAAGAAGUUGUGGUAAAAUUAAGCUUUUGUUGAGUUGAGGAAAUAUGUUAUACAAGGAUAAAAGUUUGGUUUAUAGUUAGAAACCUUGGUGAUCCCUAAGGUACUGAUGAAACAAAUAAAUUAGCUCUUAUCAGGUACUGUACUAUGAAAUUUACCAUAAUGCAUGCUUAUCUCUUUCCAAUGUUGAAAUUAAGAGUUAUGAAAAUCUAGCUUUAUGCUUUUGUUGUAGCAUUGUAAGUGACAUAACCAAAAAUAUUGAAUGCUGAAAUAACACAAGAUUUAAUCAAAUGUCCUGUAUAUACUAAUUUUAUUGUUGUCAGUCUUGCUUAUCUAUGCAGCUCAGGACUGAUGUUUGUAAUAAAUGAUUCUGCAGGUACGGUAUCUUCAUCUUCUUUUUCUUGUUAUAUUAUGUCCUUUAAACUGUUGUGAUGAAUAUUGGCCUGUGUAGCCACUUCUAACAUUGGUUGAGUUAUGCACUGUAUUGCCAAUCUACAAACUUCAUCUCCAAGUUAAUGUUCACGACUGGAUUUAGCCAUUUUUAAUGUUGUCCUCUGUGAACUUUCUUCAGAACAGUGAAUCGCUUUUACUUAAAAGUCUUCUUGCCAUCUGUAGCAUUUGAUUUGGCUGUGUCAGUUGCAAUUACAUUACUGUAAUAUUUUAAGAUUAGCUCAUCUUUUGACUUUUAAAAUUUUAAGGCUACAAAAUGCCAUCUAUUAACAUUUCAGUACCAGGAUGGCAAAUCAGCACUGACAAAAGUAGAUAAAUCGUAAUAUGCACACAAAGUAAAAGAUAGCAUGAAAUCUUUGAUGCUUUUUUGUUUUAUAAGGAAUGGACAAAGUAACUCAGACUAUCUCAGCUGUAAUAGGAAUACUGUACAACUAUAAACUUUGCUUAGGGUCAUCAUAAUAAGCACAUAAUUUUUUUUUUAAUUUAAGAAUCCUUACCUGUACUGUUAAAAAUAGAAUAUAAAUACAUGAUGAACCUUCUGAGGUUCCAUGAACUUAUGCUAUUCUGUGGUCCAUUCCAGCAGUUUACAAUAUAUACACUGUAUGCAUCACAUUUAAUAGGGAUAAUCAUACAGUUAAGCCUUAAGACAUCGCUGGCAUUUUUGGCAAGAGAGGGUUAAUAUUUUAUUUUUAUUGCUGUAACUUUAUGGAAAUUUGUUCUUGUACAAUAAAAUUUGCUGUUUCAUUUAA